UGAGAGCGGCGGCCGCGGCCGCGGCCGACAGCGUCGGAAGACGAGCGGCAGAAGGCGGCGAGCGGCGGCAGGUGCACCGCCAGCCAGCCUCGUCUUGCUCCAAGCGGUCGGUCGGUAUCGUCACGGUUCAAGGUGGUGAGGAGACGGUGAAGGGGUUCUCGACACUGCCGACGAUCGCAGCCAAGUCGUGCCAGAAACCCUCUAGCCUCCGCGGCAUUACGGUCCUAGUUUCGGAAGGGAUGAUUGAACAGGAGGGAGACGCUGCAGGAAGAGAUUUUUCUGUGGUGGCGUGGAGAGGGACGCAUACUGAGGGCGGAGAAGGGAAGGACUUAAGAGGUGAUAUGGCGCUAGCGAAAAGAGGAACCACUCGUAGGAUACAACAGCGAGGGAAUUGGUCAGAAGAGAGCAUGAAGGAGGCAAUUAAGGAGGUGAAGAAGGGAACGGCUUCCAUAGGCAAGAUUGGGGAGAAGUACGGAAUACCGGAGUCCUCAAUCCGGGAUUGGUUGACGGGGAAAACAUCUUCCAAGAAGAAAGGUCCACGCACCGUUCUCACGAAGGAGGAGGAGGAUUCAAUGGUAGAUUGGUGCCUUGACAUGCAAAGAAAUGGACACGCGAUUACUUUCUACAUGCUCCGAAGGAAGGUCGCAGAUGUGUGCCAGGGUAGAGAAACCCCUUUCAGAAAUGGAGUACCUGGAAAAAGCUGGAUGGACUGGUUUCGCAAGCGUCACCCUACUGUCAUGAUCGAGGCUGCUCAUGCUUUGAAGGGCAAGAAGAGGAAUGAUACACCGAGAGCAAUCUUAGAUGGCUUGAUUGCAAGGGAAGAAGAAGAUGCAGUGAACAGAGAUUUGUUUGGGGCUGCAGGUAGCGAAUCAUCACCAAUGGACUCCAAUGAUCCACGUGACAUCAUGUUGCAGUUGAUGCAGCAGGAACCUCACAUGGAUGGUCAGCUUCAGGCCCAGCUUCCUAACCAGAUACAGAAUCAGAUUCAAACAUCCAUGUCGGCUCAGAUGCAAGGUCAUCUUUCUGCCCAAAUCUCGUCACAGCUUCCAAACCAGCUUACUGCUCAGCUCCCGCCUUCAAGGCCAAUGGAAACGGUUAACCAGGAGGAGAGUACACCUGGCUAUGAGCCGUGGAAAGGUCAGGAUGGCGGUGAUCAUGAUAACGAACGUGAUGAACCUGGUGAUGGAAGGUUUGACAGUGAAGACAGUGGUAGCUUUCCCUCCAGCAAUUCCCAUCCAGGUGGCAGAAGAUGGAUCGAGUUUUUGGAGGGUAUGGCUGGAUUGGAACGGACUAUCAGGGAAAGUGAAGAUCGAAAGGAUCGUCGGCUUGAACGUCAGCUUGAAGCAAAUGAACGUAUUGCUGCCAAUUUGAUUGGAGCGCUUGGUCAGGUUUCCGAGUGUCUACGAAUCAUAGCCGCCAGAGGAAUUGGUGGUGCAGAUAUGGGGCAAGCUGUAAGUGCUCUUGGAAACCUGGGAGAACUGAGUGCCGAGCUAAGUGCCGGGUUGGGUGGUAGCAUAGGGGAUCAGCAGCCCUAAUGUGCAUGAAUUGUGGGGCUGCGUAAUCAACUGGAAUAAUGAGCGAAGUGCAGAUAAACUGAAAUUGCAGACAAGUUUCUUUUAACUGAGGCAAGUCCCUAGCUACUAGGCAGGCAAGCACAGUUUUCCCUAUCCAAAGUCCCCAGACGGUAGAUGGGGAAUAGGCUGCGUAGCCUGAGGUGGUAUGUGUAGCAAAUACUGGAAGUGCUCUGGUUAUUCGUGUCAACACCAUGGUGACAGGCUCUUUGUGGCGGCAUCAACACUUGGAGGUUGAUGCCUUUUGCCACCAAGAUUGCAGGAGUAAAGUACAGACGAUCAGCAUGACGGGUGGAUUUUGCUGCAGAAGGUAAAAGGCUGUCUCCUGUUCUGGUUCAGUUGGAACUAUUCGCUUGGCACACCACGAGGAUCGUGAGGAUAGUACCUUCUGGUGGAUUCUGAUAUAUGUACGAUAUGGAAUACCUCUUAAGUGCUCAGCCGUGUGGGGGUCGUUAUGGUAUCAUUAUAGGCAUCGUUUUGGAUUUUUCAGGUAUGUAAAUUGUCCAGUGGAAAGUUUAAGAUUCAACUAAUAGAUUUCAAGCUGGGUGCACUUGUUUUUGAUCCACCAAGAGAGUAUCUAUAUUUUAGAUGAACAACUUUCUUGAGACUCGGUGUCUUCAUGCUGCAACGCUAUAUAAUGCUUCUCUUCUCCUAUUUUAUUCGGGAAGUAAAGAGUAUCUAGGCAUUUCUCCACAA